GUUCUGGUUGCUGUCAUCCAAAGAUCGCACCAUUACGUUCCAGGACCAAGGAUACCAUUUAGACACACGAUGAACACGAUGAAGCGAGCCAGCGGAAUCCUGUCGCUGCUGUUUGUGGCCAGCGCCUUGGGCAGCGUGAUCGAGGACUUUGAGUAUUUGGAGGUGUCCGACAUGUGCGGCCUGCUGCCUUUGGGAACCAACUUCCUGCGCCCCAACACCUGCGACAACUGGGUGUCCUGCGCAGGAAAUUUCAGUGUCUUUGAGCAGGGUACAUGUGCUUCGGGUCUCUAUUACAACAAGACGACAGGACGUUGCGCCAACGCGGCUUCUGUCAGCUGUCCGUACAAGAAUGUGGCCACGGAACCAGCCAACGUGUGCGCCAAUGAAACAGACGGUUCCUUUGUGAUGGAUCCCACCAGCAGGACAUGCCGCGGCUAUAUUCUGUGCAAGAACCGCAAGCAAAUCAAGGCCAACUGCCCCAACGAGCUGAUAUUCCAUCCGAUCUCCCGCUCUUGCGUCUACCAAAACCAAUACACAUGCCCCGAGACCCAGACAAAGACAGCCAGUCCCACCUGUCGGGCCCUGACCAACGGCACUAGGCUGGCCCAUCCAAAGCAGUGCGUCCAGUACUACGAGUGCGACGAUGAUAUCCUCCACGAGCGCUCCUGCCCCGCCCAGAUGGCCUACGACUCGGCCAGGGGCCGAUGCGUCGAUAUGGAUGCGGCAGAGUGCUUUGAGGGAGCCGUCUUGCCGGAACCGGAGAACACCUUCUGCCUGGAUGAGGCCACCGGAUCCGCCCGUGUUGGAUACUUCGCCGACGAGGAGUCCUGCUCGAACUACUACAUCUGUGGCGAGCCCGUCGCCGACAAGCACGACACGGAGCCGAAGCACAUGAGCUGCCCCCUGGGCCAGUACUUCGAUUCUGAAAAAUUGUCCUGCCGCGACCGCAUGAACGUCCGCUGCCGCCUGGACAGAUGCAUCGGCACCAACAUGUCCUACGUGAACGUGGAUGGUAACUGCCAGGCCUACGGCCGUUGCUCCAACGGACUGACCGUCAGCAUGGGUCACUGCCCCAGCGGCUACUACUUCGACGAGCGAAGCCAGGGAUGCAGCCUGACGAACUUUAACUACAUCGCCUGCUCGGCCCAGGUCUCGGACACGACAGAGGCAUAGGUUCCCGAUCCAGACUCCCAUUCCGUAGUCCAGACGCCUUCGCAUCUUCAAUUCCAAUAUCAAUCCCUAAUAAAUCAAACCAAUUCUUGGUGGAGGUCAAAUGCAUUGCA